AAGAGAUGGCAGCCGGGGAGACGCAGCUCUAUGCAAAGGUCUCCAACAAGCUCAAGGUCCGCGGCACGCCCUCGCUCCUGGAGCCCCUGCUGGGAAUGGGCUUCCCGGUACACACCGCGCUGAAGGCACUGGCGGCCACUGGGAGAAAGACAGCGGAAGAGGCAUCCGACUGGCUACGUUGUCACCGCAAUGACCCUUCUCUGGACGAUCCCAUCCCCCAGGAGUACGCCCUGUUCCUUUGUCCCACGGGGCCCCUGCUGGAGCAGCUUCAGGAGUUCUGGAGGGAGAGCAAGCGUCAGUGCACGAAGAACCGGGCCCACGAGGUCUUCCCUCACAUAACGCUCUGUGACUUCUUCACGUGCGAAGACCACAAGGUGGAGUGUCUGUACGAGGCUCUGAAGAGAGCUGGGGACAGGAUCCGGGCUUCCUUCCCCUUGGUCAUCCCUCUGGCUCUCCAUUCUUCCAUCAGCUACCUGGGCUUCUUCGUCAACGACAGCCCCGCGGACGUCAUCCGGGAAUUCGCCACCACGUUCGCUAUGGAAGUGGCUGUCCUGGCAGACUGCACCGUGAAGCCUUGCACCAAGCAGCUGCAUCUGACCCUGGCCCACAAGUUCUACCCCCACCACCAGAGGACGCUGGAGCAGCUGGCCAGAGCCAUCCGCCCAGGCCACAGCUGCCCGUGGACUGCCACGCUGUACUCCAGAGACAUGCGCUUUGUGCACUACCAGACCCUGAGGGCCCUAUUCCAGUACAAACCCCAGAACGAGGACGAGCUGACACUAAGUCCCGGCGACUACAUCUUCGUGGACCCCACCCAGCAGGAAGAAGCCAGUGAGGGCUGGGUGAUUGGGACCUCCCAGCGGACCGGCUGCCGCGGCUUCCUGCCGGAGAACUACACGGAGCAAGCCAACGAGUCUGACACGUGGGUUAAGCACAGGACAUACACCUUCAGUUUGGCCACGGAUCUGGUCUCCAGAAAGGACGGGGAAGCCAGCAGCAGGCGAAAUGGAGAACCCUACCCUCCACAGACGCCGAGGGACAUUAGCAGCAUCCAGGCUUUACAGGCCACGAUAGCGAGGAAGAGUGUGUUGGUGGUACGCCAUGGGGAGAGAGUGGAUCAAAUCUUCGGGAAGUCGUGGCUGCAGCAGUGCUCCACUCCUGAUGGGAAAUACUACCGGCCAGACCUGAACUUCCCCUGCAGUCUGCCCAGAAGAAGCAAUGGUAUCAAAGACUUUGAAAAUGAUCCUCCAUUAUCAUCGUGUGGAAUUUUCCAGUCCCGAAUGGCAGGGGAAGCACUACUGGAAAGUGGCAUCAGAAUCACCUCCGUCUUCACCUCCCCAGCCCUCCGCUGUGUGCAGACAGCCAGACACAUCCUCGAAGAGCUCAAACUGGAGAAAAAAAUUAAGAUAAGAGUGGAACCCGGCAUCUUUGAAUGGACAAAAUGGGAGUCCGGCAAAACCACCCCAACCCUCAUGACCCUGGACGAGCUGAAAGAGGCGGAUUUCAACGUCAGCAUGGAUUACAGACCUGCGUUUCCCCUCGCCUCCCUCCUGCCGGCCGAGAGCUAUGAUGAGUAUGUGAACAGGUGUGCGGUGAGCGUCGGAUGGAUCACCAGCACCUGCCCACAGGACGUGGGUGUCAUCCUGAUUGUGAGCCACGGCUCGGCGCUGGACUCCUGCACCCGCCCGCUUUUGAGGCUGCCCCCCCGGGAUAGCAGAGACUUCGCCCAGAUGGUGAGAAAGAUUCCUUCUCUGGGUAUGUGCUUCUGCGAAGAAAAUAAAGAGGAAGGGAAGUGGGAGCUGGUGAACCCUCCUGUGAAGACGCUGACCCAUGGCUCAAACUCCGCGUUUAACUGGACAAACUGGAUCCCCGGCAGCUGAGAGACUCGCGCUCGCUCUGCGCGGCUCCGCGCCUAGGAGGCAAAGCUCUUGGCGGGGUCCGGGCAACGCUGGCGCUUGAGGGCGUCCUACGCCCCCUCGACGUGAUUUGCAGCCGCACAAGACGCACUUUCACCUCCCAGGAUGUUCGCCCACCCGCUGCCACUUUUGUAGCCGCCACCAGUGGCCCUCUGUCCCGCGAGCUCAGACCCAGUAAGGCGUGGGCAUGCCGCGCGGCCCGGAGGGAAGCCAGCCACUGCGACCCACCACAGAGGACAGAAGGCCGUGCCCGCUGUGGCUCGUGGGUUCUGAUGAGUCUCGUUCCCAUCGUUCUCCCGGGUCUGUUUCAACGCCCUUUUGGCUACACCCACACAGGCCAAAAGGGACACAAUAGUCAAUAAAAUCUCUUGAGAAACCA